AUGUCCGAUCAGUGGCGGCUUAGUAUAAUAACGCCGGUCCACAAGGGUAAAGGGUCCGUUCAGGAUUGCGGUAAUUACCGCGGUAUAAAGGUGACGUCACAUACCAUGAAGCCCUUCGAGCGCAUUAUUGAUACCAGGAUCCGACAGGAGUGUACAGUAUCGGACUCCCAGUACGGUUUCCAACCAGGACGCGGUACCAUGGACCCUAUAUUCGCCCUAAUGAUCCUCAUGGAGAAGCAUAGGGAAAAGAAUAUGCCUCUGCAUUUUUUAUUCCUAGACCUGCAGAAGGCCUUUGACUGUGUUCCUAGGGAGAUGAUCUGGUGGUCGAAGCGAAGUUGGUACCAGAGACCUACGUGGCAACCGUACGUGAUAUGUACCGCAACUCCGAUUCAAUAG